AUGAAAAGAUUGAAGGUGGCGAUGAACGAUUGGAGCUUGAGAGUUUUUGGUAAUAUAAACUCUCGAUUAAAGCAAGAUCAGCUUCGCUUUGAGGUGGCUGCUAUGGCCUCUGAUGAAGAUCCAAGUGAUUCAGCAAAGUUAAAUUCUGUGAAAUAUGCUAUGGCUAUUCUCUCACAGACAAGGCUUCAGCAAAAUAAUAUGUUAAAGCAAAAGGCUAGGAAUCAGUGGCUCUUGCAGAGUUCUAACAAUACCAAUUUUUUCCACAACAACAUUCGUAUUCGGAGGAGCAGCAACACUAUUUCUGAAUUAGUGGAUGCUAAUGGCGAUACCAUUUCUGACUAUGACCUGUUGCAUGAUCAUGUCGUGCAAUAUUAUGAGGAUAAGUUUAAUGGCCAUGAGAUAUAUGGGCCGGGUCCGGAUGGAUUUUCUGGGUGUUUUUGUCGUCAUUGCUGGGAUAUAAUUCAUGAAGAUUUGGAAAAUGCCAUUAUCUACAGUUGGAACACUGGUCACAUUCCUAAUGCUACUAGACUAAGCAGUGUGUUGGAUAAGCUUGUUUCUGAGGAACAUGUAGCUUUUAUGAAAGGUCGAAACAUCCAUGAGAAUAUCAGUUUGGCAUCUGAGAUGGAUAAUGAGCUCCAUAUCAAACGCAAAGAUGGCAACCUUGGUCUUAAACUUGCCAUCUCUCAGGCAUUUGACACGAUUAAUAGAGGCUUGCGGCAAGGUGAUCCUCUGUCUCCUUUGAUUUUUGUUUUGAUUGAAGAUGUUCUCAGUAGGAAUAUUACGAAAAAAUUUCGUGAUAAGAAGAUGACUCCUAUGGUUACAAGGAAUGGUUUUUCGCCUACUCAUGUUGUUUUCGCUGACGACAUUAUGAUUUUCUGUAAGGGUAACCUUAAGAGUGUGCAUAAUCUGGUGGAGUUGUUGGGUAAAUACCAAGCUGCUUCUGGUCAAACAGUUUGUCGUCAAAAAAGUAAAAUUUACUAUGGUGGUGGGUCUUUGAGUAGGAGAACUUUACUGGUUGACUUCUUGGGAAUGAAUGUGACCACGUUUCUGGAUCGUUAUUUGGGAAUUCAGAUUAUGCCUGGCACGGUUCGUUAUCAUCACAUUAGUAAUGUGAUUGAGAAGAUUAAGGCUCAACUUGCAGUCUAUAAAUGGCCAAAAAAAUUCAUUGUGCAAUGUGAGAGAGCAAUUAGAAAUUUUAUUUGGUCGGGUGAUUCCAACAUUAGCCGUGCUGUGGUGGUGGCUUAUGAUAAAGUUUAUUGCCUCUUUGAGGAGGGUGGGCUUGGCUUAACUCGUAUGGCUACUAUGAAUAAGGCGCUCCUUAUGAUACUGUGGUGGAAAAUCAGAAAUUCUAAGAAGAAAUGGGCUGGUUUUCUUAGAACUAAAUAUUUCACUAGGAAUGAGUGCAUUAAAACUAGUGGAGUUAAAUCCUCUAUUCUUCCAGGUAUCAGAUGGGUUUAUAAGAUUGUGGAGAGCAAUAGUAAGGUCAUAAUUGGAGAUGGUAGGACAACUUCUCUUUAUUUUGAUAAUUGGUGCAUUGAUGUGUGUAUUGCAGACAUACUUAAUGAUCAUAACCUGGAUAGAAAUGCUAUGGUGAGUGAUAACUGGUACGGUGUGCAUUGGACUUUCACUGCCGAGCAGAUGGAGCUUUUUGCAACAGAUGGAGUAAAUGUUGCGGACAUGCCUUUACAGUAG